UGUGACAAUGAAAGAGGAGGGGCGUUCUCGCGAGGUAGCAGCGCGCGCACGGGCGGUUGAAGAAGAGCAAGGGGACCACGACACGCGCUCUGUGCCUUCAACCUCCACCGGGCAAUUAAUGCAGACAAUUUAGUCCCCGGACGCCGUUUAAGACUCUGGUGCCCGUAAGGACUUGGCUGCUGACCUCUCUUGUCCAUUGCAUUGUAAACCCUGGUGGGAUCACCGUUGACCUUUGUUGGUCCCUUUACUAGCCCCUGUUUUCCUCCUGCAUACCCCUCUCCUCCCCUUUCUUAAAAUCCCCUCCCCUCCUCCUCUGUGUCUCCCAGCCCGGGCUUAGUACUCAAACACAGUGGAGGGAGCAACAGUAGCUGGCAAAGGAUGAAGCGAGUGAGCUUGCCAGCACCAGACAGAGGAUAGAAGGAAACAAAAGGACUGGCCCAGGGAAGAGAGACCUAGAGAGGGGGGAAAGCGAGACGGACAGGACAACUAGUGGAGAGCCACAACAACGAUCAAGAUGACACACCGAAGGAAAGAAACAAGUUUCCCGUGAGCGUCAUGAGCUAGCAAAAGGGCCUAACACAUCUAGAACUCUGGACUUUUUUUUUUUUUUUUUUUUUUUUAUUUACAAACCUCUAGCUUGCAGACAAGGAUAAAUUGUGUAGACACAAAGUUUUGUUCUCUGGGGCUCCUCGUUAUCACCUGCUAUGCCUCUAUAAAAAGUGUUAGCCAUGCCAGCCAAAGGAAAGUACCUACUGAACGACCAGGAGCUGAAAAAUGAGGCACUGUACCGAAAGUUCUCAUGCAUCAGCCAGUAUCAGCCGCUGGUGCUGUUACUGGGCCUCUCCAUGCUCUACUGUGUACUUCUCCUCAUCCUCUUCUUUGCCUACGGACUGAAUGCAGGGAAGCAUUCGGCCUUUGUGGGCGUGGUGGGUGGCAGCCUGGCCGUCUUCCUCGCUGUGUUUAUGCUGGUGUGUACCGACUUGCUCUCACAGCGAUGGAGGCGUCUGCUAGGCCUGAUUGUUUGGGCUACUCACCUCACCUUGGGAUACACCUUCAUCUUCAACGGCCCAAUCAUCAUGCCUUGGGACCAGGUGCCUUUCUUCCUCUUCAUCAUCUUCACAGUGUACACCAUGCUGCCGUUUCAGUUGUGGUACGCUGUGGUGCUGAGUGUCAUUUCCUCACUGUCCCACAUUAUCGCCCUUUCCCUGCGCCUCACAGUUUUCAGCGAAAAGCCGGGUGCUAACCUUCCUAACCAGCUGCUGUCGAAUGCAGUGGUGUUUCUGUGUGGCAGCGUGGUUGGAGCAUUUCAUAAGUUCCUAAUGGAGAAAACCCUGAGACAGACCUUCCAAGAUACUCUGAGAUGUCUGAGCAUGCGGAUGAAGCUUGAGAUAGAAAAGAGACAACAGGAAAACCUGCUGCAGUCUGUGCUGCCAGUCUACAUUUCUAUGAAGAUGAAGCUGGCAAUAAUGGAGCGUUUACAAGAAUGUAAAGACAAAGAAGAGCAACAACGACUGGUCAAAGAUAACAACUUCCACAGCCUUUACGUCAAGAGGCAUGAGAAUGUCAGUAUUCUGUAUGCUGACAUUGUUGGCUUUACCCAGUUGGCCAGUGACUGUUCACCCAAGGAGCUUGUUAUUAUGCUCAAUGAGUUAUUUGGCAAGUUCGACCAAAUUGCCAAGGAAAAUGAAUGUAUGAGAAUCAAGAUCCUUGGGGAUUGUUACUAUUGUGUGUCUGGACUGCCAGUCUCACUGCCUAAACAUGCCAAGAACUGUGUGAAAAUGGGCCUGGACAUGUGUGAAGCCAUCAAGCUGGUGCGGGAGGCCACAGGAGUGGAAAUCAACAUGAGAGUGGGUGUUCACUCUGGCAACGUGCUCUGUGGUGUGAUUGGCCUUCGCAAGUGGCAGUUUGACGUAUGGUCUCAUGACGUCACUCUGGCCAAUCAUAUGGAAUCAGGAGGCCUUGCAGGACGCGUCCACAUCACAGAGGCGACUCUGAAGCACCUGAACAAGGCUUAUGAAGUGGAAGAGGGCAACGGCCACCUCAGGGACCCCUACCUAAAAGAGCUCAAUAUCCAGACCUACCUGGUCAUCGACCCGCGGUCUAAGGACCCAUCAUUGAAACCUCGUGGUGCACCUAAACCUCGGAUGAAUGAUGGUCUGAAGAUGCGGGCAUCUGUGCGUAUGACUCGCUACCUUGAAUCCUGGGGGGCUGUGAAACCUUUUGCCCACCUCCAGAGCCGAGAGGGUUUUACUCCGGACGCCAUUGUUAAUGGCAAGACACGUGUCAAGGACAUUCCUCUGCGAUCAGCCCCGAGCUUCAAUCCUGAGAGCUUUGAUGAAUCUCUCGAGGAGCCAUUCUCCUUUCCCACCCCUCCAUUCAGCAGCUAUAAAAACAAAUCCCAGAAGAGCAGGUUUGAUGAGGAUCUGCAUAAUGAGAUGACCACUACCAUAGAUGAGCUCAGCAGCAAUCUUAGGCAGUGGUCUAAGUCUGAAGAGAGUGGCAGUUUAGCUUUGUGGUUUCGAAAGAAAGAGAUGGAAAAACAGUACCGAGCCCUGGAUUUGCCAAUGUUCAAACACUAUGUCGGCUGUGCCACCUUCAUCUUUUUCUGUAUCUUCAUGGUUCAGAUGUUUGUCACAGGGAAUCGGCAGACGUUGGGGAUGGCAUUCGGAGUGUUGGUUUGUGUGUUGCUGCUGACCCUGGCCAUCUGUUUUGCAGGUCACUUGCAGCGCCUGUUUCCAGAGAAGCUGUCCAGGUGCCAGUGGCUGCCAGCUGUGUCUGAGGCGGUGGUUAAACGACCAUGCGUGCGCCUCCCUCUGGCAACCAUAACUACUACGGCCAUCGUCGUCUUGGCAGUGUUCGACCUGUGCUUCGUCCAGAAAAGCGACGCUGGAAAUGCUGAGCUCUUCUGUCUGCCUUAUUCCAUAUACUGCUGUAUACUGUCACUUAUUGCAUGUGGAAUCUUCCUCCGGGUGAGCUUUGAGCUCAAAGUGCUCUACCUCACCCUUGCCUCCAUAGCGUACUACGUCAUCAUCCUCAGCACCAAGAAGGAGCUCUUUGAGAGCUACGGAAAUUACCUCAAAGAUCAAAUCAAAGAGGGCUGUAACUGGAACAGGAGUGAGGAAGACCCCCUCCUGAAAUGUAUAGGGCUGGUAAAACACCCAGAGGUUAUGAGCUGGAUAUAUAUCACACUCUUCCUGGUCACCAUGCUCAUCAUCUCCCAACAGAACGAGUUCUGCUUCCGCCAAGAUUUCUUGCUAAAAUACAAGAACCACACAGAGCAGGAUGAAAUCGAGACCAGGGAGAACCUGAACCGCCUCCUGUUGGAGAAUGUGCUGCCGGCCCAUGUGGCAGCACUUUUUGUCGGCGAGAAUAAAAAGAAUGAGGACCUGUACUACAAGUCAUAUGACUGUGUGUGUGUGAUGUUCGCCUCAGUGCCUGAUUUCAAAGAAUUUUAUACUGAGUGCGACAUCAACAAGGAAGGGCUGGAAUGCCUGAGGCUGCUCAACGAGAUCAUCGCCGACUUUGACGAGCUGCUGUCCAAACCAAAGUUCAGUGGCGUGGAGAAGAUCAAGACAAUUGGCAGCACUUACAUGGCUGCGGCCGGGCUUAGUGGGACGCCUGGUCAGGAGAACAAUCAGGACACAGAGAGACAACGGGCCCAGAUAGGAAACAUGGUGGAAUUUGCCAUCGCUCUGAUUGGCAAGUUGGACGGCAUCAACAGACAUUCCUUUAAUAGCUUCAGGCUUCGUGUGGGAAUAAAUCACGGCCCAGUGAUAGCUGGGGUGAUUGGGGCGAGGAAGCCUCAGUACGAUAUCUGGGGCAACACAGUCAACGUGGCCAGCAGAAUGGAGAGCACCGGAGAGCUGGGAAAGAUCCAGGUAACGGCGGAAACGUCCGAAGUGCUGCAGAAGCUGGGCUACUCGUGCGAGUGUCGCGGAUUCAUCAACGUUAAAGGCAAAGGGGAGCUGAAAACCUUCUUUGUGUGCACCGACAUGAGCAAGCAGCAGGGUAUGGGGCUGAGCUGAGGCCAGGCCCCCACAGCCAACAGAACUGGAGACAGACUCAUGUACACAAGUCAAGAGUUUACAGGCUGCAGCCCACCCUCAGGGUUGACCAGACUGUAAUAAAGCUGUGUUCCUGUCAUGUUGCUGAAUGAAAAUACAGAGACAAAUUAAGGAUUUAGAGGAAGUGCUCCUUCGCUGCGUGGCAGAUUUCGCUCUCAAAACUUGGAACAAUUAACUCAAAUCAGGAGAUGACGACUGAGAAAUAUGGACGUACAAUCGCAUCUUUUUCUAUUCAUGGACCAGUGACUAGUCCCUUUUUGUACCCGUCCCCCCCCUAACUUAAUGUGAUAGGAAACAUGUGCAUUGUACUAAUGCCAAAUACAUUUGUUAUUUUUGAAGACCUCUUUGGCUGGAAAAAAAAAACACCCAAUGGAUUUUGUUUGGAUCAUAAUUUGAAACCCAUAUGGAAUCCUGUUUGCGAAGCGGACACUCUGCUCCGUUACUGUGUAAUGAGCAAAACAUGUGAUUAGAUGGAUCUGUUUCAAUGUCAGGAACUGGCCCUACAGGAGAUCAACACAAAAAAAAAUCCCACCUUGCUCCCUUCUACAGGACACGGAAAACAAAUGGUAAUUUCAUUUUCUGGCAACUGCAAAUCCUAAAGUAAUUUCUGGUAAAGUUUAAGUAGAUGGUGUAUCAGGUCUUUAUGAGAACAUCUGCUAACUUGCACCUGUGUGGUUUGGCCAUUUUACCGCAGUUUAAUUUUCGAUAUAUGACCAGAUAAGUAGUAUUUCAGGGUGGAGAGGACAAAACGUUCGCGUUUGUCGCCUGUCAAAGUUCUGGUAAGAAAUCAAUAUUAAGUGUCUUUUGCUCCUUGUCUGCAUAUAUGCUACAAUGAGGGAAACCUGUGAUGCUCUGUUUGGUGUCUUUAGUCUGUGUGACCUAACAACAUGCCUGCAGUGAAUGUUUUUUUAUGGCCCCAGCCCAGAUGUUGACCCCUGCUGAUCUGGAUUGUUCUCCGUGCCUCUGGAACUUGACUUGUCUUGUGGCCUUCUCUUCUGAGACCAACAUCUUGUCCAUGUUUGUGUUUACAUAAUAAUAAUAAUAAUAAUGAUAAUAAUAAUAAUGUAUUGGCCUUGACGUGAACAAAUGUGACAUCAACUUUUGUACAGAGACAGAAUGUAAUAAAUGUUUUGUUAAAUCAUG